GUCUUUAUAUAAAUUAUGGUUUUGUAAUUUGCGCGCGAAAACCGGGCGAGUAUACUGAGGAUUGUCAUUUAAUUGAUAAAUAUUUGUUGGAGAAUAAUUACGGGUGAAAAGACGACGUCGAGCGAGAGUACUUAUAUAAAUUUGUGAAAAAUGGCGAGCAAAAUAUCGAGAGAUUAUGUUAAAGAUAAAGAGCAACUAAAGACUUUCUUCCUGGAGUUUGUUUCAAUGGAUGAUAAUAUGCCGGAUAAGUAUUUUAAAUAUAGAGAGCAACUCACCAAGAUAGCACACAGAGAACAGAUUAGUUUUGAGAUUGAUUUGGAUGAUGUGCAAACAUUUGAUGAUGAUCUAGCUAUGUCCAUUGCGAACAAUACACGAAGAUAUACUAAUUUGGUUUUAGAUCUGGUUCAAGAGAUGCUACCUGACUUCAAAGAAAGAACCGUUUUAGCUAAAGAUUCUUUGGAUAUUUAUAUGGAGCAUCGAUUACUAAUGCAAGCUCGCAAUAGACAACCAGGUGACACUCAUGAUACCAGAACACAAUAUGCUCCUGAAUUGAUGCGUCGUUUUGAGGUAUAUUUUAAAGAUUUCUCCGAUUCAAAAGCCUAUUCAGUAAGAGAUAUCAAGGCGGACAAAAUUGGGAAAUUAGUGACAGUUAGAGGUAUUAUUACAAAAACUACUGAAGUGAAGCCAAUGAUCGUUGUAGCAACAUACACAUGCGAUGAGUGUGGUUCAGAAGUGAGCCAGCCUAUACAAUCUUUAAGUUUCAUGCCAUUGCGAACCUGUCCAAGCGACGGAUGCCGUGUGAAUAAAUCGGGUGGCAGAUUGUACAUGCAAACAAAGGGCUCGAAAUUUAUUAAGUUUCAAGAAAUGAAACUACAAGAACACAGUGAACAAGUCCCAGUCGGUCAUAUACCACGAUCCUUGACUAUUUUCUGCAGAGGUGAAACAACAAGGAACUGUAUGCCAGGCGAUCAUGUGAUUGUGACUGGUGUGUUCUUGCCUUUCGUGAAGACUGGUUUCAAUGCCAGAUCUGGCCCUUCACUUUCUAGCGAGACUUACUUGGACGCGCAUAAAAUAAUAUGUCUUAAUAAUACAGACUCGACAGACGAUAGUAACACCGAACUGACUGCUGAAGAACUAAAUUUACUAUCGCAAGACGAUUUUUAUGACAAAUUGGCUUCUUCCUUAGCUCCCGAGAUUUAUGGGCUCGAGGAUGUGAAGAAAGCGUUGCUGUUGCUACUUGUCGGUGGAACGGACAAGAAGAAAGGCGAUAUUAAGAUUCGAGGCAACAUUAAUAUUUGCCUGAUGGGAGAUCCUGGUGUGGCCAAGUCGCAGUUGUUAUCUUACAUCACGCGAUUGGCUCCAAGAUCACAAUAUACUACUGGAAGAGGAUCUUCGGGCGUAGGUUUGACCGCUGCCAUUAUGAAAGAUCCUCUGACCGGUCAAAUGGUGCUGGAGGGUGGUGCUUUAGUAUUAGCGGAUCACGGAGUAUGUUGCAUCGACGAGUUCGAUAAGAUGGCAGACGCGGAUAGAACUGCGAUCCACGAGGUGAUGGAACAACAGACUAUAUCGAUCGCCAAAGCCGGUAUAAUGGCCCGCUUGAAUGCCAGAGUCUCCAUAUUAGCCGCUGCCAAUCCGGCUUACGGCAGAUACAAUCCACAGAGAACGAUUGAACAAAACAUUCAAUUGCCCGCUGCGUUGCUAUCGCGAUUUGAUCUAUUGUGGCUCAUUCAGGACCGUGCAGAUCGAAGUAACGAUCUCAAACUGGCGCAGCACAUCACCUAUGUUCACCAACAUUGCUCGCAACCUCCGACAGAGACGCAAGCUAUUGACAUGAAAUUGAUUAGAAAAUAUAUAAACCUGUGCAAAGCAAAAGAACCCGCCGUAUCGGAGGAAUUAACGGAAUAUAUUGUUGAUUCUUACGUAGAAAUGCGGAAAGAAGCGCGUAACAGUCACGAUAAGACAUUUACCUCCGCCCGUAACUUGCUGGCUGUUCUUCGACUGUCGACGGCAUUGGCGCGACUGCGACUGGUCGACGUGGUUGAUAAGGAAGACAUAGCGGAGGCGAACAGACUGGUCGAGAUGUCCAAACAUUCUAUCAAUUACUCUGAACAACGCACAAACAAUACGCAACAGAAUCCGACUAACAGAAUCUUCCAUUUGAUAAGGGAACUCGCCGGCGACAAGAAGACUGUCAAAGUUUCAGAUAUCCUGGAGCGAUGCACGAGCAAAGGGUUCAAACCUGAUCCUAUAUAUAAGUGUAUCGAGGAGUACGAAGCGUUGAACGUGUGGCAAGUCAAUCAGACCAGAAGAAUGAUUACUUUCAUCUAAUUCUUUAGCGCGAAGACCGUGUCCGUCGCUUAUAAUUAUUUUUGUACCUUGAAAGGCGUUUGCAGUAACGAAAGGUUUGCAUUUUUCAAUUUAACGUCUCCCCUUAUAUAUACUUAUAAUUACAUGACAUUAAAAUUAUUCCAAUAUAAACACGUAUUAAGAUUGU